AUGCUUCAAUAGUAGAAUUGCAAUUUUGAUACGUCGUUGUCUUUUUUGGGGGAUUUUUCUCCUAAUGAUAUCAGGUACACCAUUUUUGCAUGAAUGUUGGAUUUUUUUGCUUAAAGGACAAAAUUUCAAAGAAAGAAUAAUAAUUAUCCAACUUUAUCUUUUUUUCUCUUGUAUGAUAUUAAAUGUUUUAUGACUACGUUUUCAUCCUCCCGUGAGUCGAAAAGGAAAAGGUUUUUCAUCUGACAUCCUAAAAUGUUUUAUCAGACAAUAUUUUGGGAUUUGAGCAAACUAUCAGGAUUUUGUGAGAAAAAGAAACAGAGAAUGUUAAUACUUGUACUGUACUGUCGUUUUCAACAAUAAAAAAACAAACAAACCAAAAAACCUUUUUGAAAAUAUUUUCUGAAUAAUUUUUUUAACAUUCUUUUGAAAUUAUAUUAAAAGUUUAACAGUUUUUAAAUUGUAAAUUGCUAUUUUCUAUUUCACUGGAUGUAUUUGAAGACUUUUUGAAGAUACUCAUUAUCUAUGCAGCAAUAAUAAACUACUAUCCAUUACUCUUGAAAAAAAAAUCUACAUCCCAUACAAAAAAGAAAUUUGCUCCACAGAAGCUACAUGUUUUAAAUGCAUAUACACAGCACCGGUUAUGUCUUUAAUUUCCCAUUCAGAAAUGGGCACGUGAUCCUCUGAGUAUAUUUUAAUGACCAUAAAUUUGUUUGAUAUUGCUACUUUCUUGAAUAAUGAAACAUUGCCAUCAGGUGAUGAAUGAGAAUACAAUUAGCUACAACAAUGUACCGACAACUGACACACUUAAGGAGGGCAAAAUAAUGAUUAAAAUCAUUUGAAUGUCCUCUUAAAUUAGAAAACAAUGUUUUGCUGUCAGAUUGACUUUGCGAUUCUAAAUUUUUACCAUAAAAGGAAAUAAAGAAAGGAGGAAAUACAAGUCAUUUAUCUGAUGUAGAAAGGAAGUCUUUAGCGGAACCCUGACCGCUGCAGUAGCAGCCGGGGAAUUGUUUCUUGGUUGCACUGAUGGUGUUCCGGGUAAAUGUGGACUGAAAACAAAGGUUUGUAAAAGCAGCAAACAGCUCGGAGCUCAGAGACUUGCUCGCGGAUUGUCUUUACUUUGUGAUGGACAAUGAUGUCUUUUAUCGGGAGCUGCCAAAAGUGGAGCUUCACGCUCACCUCAAUGGUUCUGUCAGCGCGCAAACCAUCGAGAAGCUCAUCAGCCGAAAGCCACAUCUCAACAUUGAACACAGCAUGACGGCCAUUGGCAAAGGACAGCGGAGGACUCUGGAUGAGUGCUUUGAAGUCUUCAGGGUCAUCCACAAGUUGGUGGACACUGAGGAGGAUAUCCUGAUGGUGGCUACAGAUGUUAUCAAAGAGUUUGCAGCUGAUGGUGUCAAAUAUUUAGAGUUAAGAAGCACACCACGUGAAGAGAGAGAUACAGGACUGACAAAGAAGACUUACAUUGAAACGGUCAUCAAAGCCAUCCAGAAGUGUAAGGAGGAGGGAGCGGACAUUGAUGUCAGGUUUCUGGUAGCCAUUGACCGCAGAAAUGGGACUGAAGUUGCCUUGGAGACGGUGAAUUUGGCUGAGGAGUUCAUGCUGUCAUCUGAUGGUUUAGUGGUGGGAGUUGACCUCAGUGGAGAUCCAACGGUGGGCCAUGGCAAAGAUCUGCUUCCUGCCCUACAGAAGGCCAAAAACUCUGGACUGAAGUUGUCACUGCACCUCUCAGAAAUUCCAUCACAGCUGGAUGAAUCAGAUUUGCUGUUGAGUCUUCCUCCUGACAGAAUCGGUCAUGGCACCUUCUUACAUCCUGAAGUCGGUGGAUCUCAAAGCCUCGUUAACAAAGUGGUUCAGAAAAAGAUACCAAUAGAGCUGUGCCUGACAUCAAAUGUGAAAGGCAACACUGUGCCGUGUUACUCCAAACAUCAUUUCAAGUACUGGUACGAGCUGGGACACCCAACUGUAAUUUGCACCGACGAUAAAGGAGUCUUCUGUACGGACUUGUCUCAGGAAUAUCAGCUGGCAGCUUCCACAUUCGGUCUCAGUCAUGAAGCCGUGUGGAAGCUCUCUCAGCAGGCCAUAGACUGCAUCUUCGGACCAGAGAUUGUGAAGCAGCAGCUUCAAGAGAAGUGGAAUGACUUACAUCCUCAGCUUUUCAAGUGA